AUGGUGGAGAAGGAUUUCAGGAUUCAAGAGAAGACUGACAACAGGUUUCUGAUUUCCUUCGAUUUAGUCCGUGAUCGGUACAAGGUGCUUAGAGGCGGGGUGUGGUGUUUUAACAGAUCCCCAAUCUGUUUAGAGGAGUAUGAUGGUGUUCUUCCCAUCGCUGAAGUGCCUAUGAAGCAUGUUAGGAUGUGGGUUAGGGUUUCUGACAUCCCUCCUCUCUACGAGGAACCCGGCAACUUCAUCCUCAUUGGAAACUUGCUGGGUGGUUAUCUGGACUACGAUAAGAGAGAGUUUCGUAAAGGUAUUGUUCUAAUUCUCUUCUCCCAUGACAUCUCUAAACCGAUUAUUCUUGAGCGAAGAGUUUUCUUGGCCCCUAGCAUAGAGCCUAUUUUGCAGUUCCAGUUUGAACAUCUCAAAGGGAGAUGCCCUCAGUGUGGAUUGAUUACACAUUCUGGGGCUAAGUGUGAGGAGCCAAAUACGGCCGUUUAUGCUCCUAGGGUUUUGAAGUUUGUGGUGGCCCCUCUACCUCCGGUGGUGCCUUCUCCUUAUCUGCUCAGACUACUCGAGAUCUACCUAUGCCUUCUUCCUCACUGCUGA